ACAAAAAACAUUAAAAACAAAAUAGAACUUAUUGAUGGAUGUGAUGUUUUUGUAGGCCAAGCACCAAGUAUAUUAGCUAACAAAAUCAAAUACAUCCUCGGAAGUUGAUCAAGCUUGGCAUAAUGAUGAAUGUGUGAUUGCCAAAAAGUGUUCUCGAUGCUCAGUGUGUAUGUGUGUACAUAUAUGUGUAUAUUCGUAUAUAUGACUUGAUCAACCCCAUUGAAAAUAAAGAUAACAAUAAAGUGCGAAAAUCAUGCUAGACCCACGUCAGACUCAGUCCACCACUUAGUGUACCUGCGUAUAAACAUAAGAAAAUCUCCCCAUAACCGUUGUGGAAUAAGCACGUGCAGCUUUGUAACUUCUUCUUAGCUAGAUUCCAGCUUAGACUCAGUCCACCACUUAGUGUACCUGCGUAUAAACAUAAGAAAAUAUCGAAAACAAUCAUUAGUAACCAUAGUAAACAUUAAGGAUCCUUGAUCCUCUGAGGCCUCGUAUUACACAUUAAGGAUAAUUUAUCCAAAAUAUAUCUUAGGAUAUGGGAUCCAUGAUAAAUAAAACUCAGGCCUUCACAAUUGCCCCUAAUAUGGCGAAUGUGAUAGUUGAUCACAGCGGUCAUAUUGCCUUUAAUUUCAAACUAGCCAUUAUAAGCUAGCGAUGGGACUUGGCAGAGUAUAACCAUCAUUGUGAUAAUUAGGGACUAGAUAACUCCCUUUUCCUUUAAAGAUCAAGAGAUCUGGUGUAUAUCUUCACUUUCACGAUUAUUGUUCAGGUAUCCUUCUCUCCCUUUCUUCUUUAUUUUCUACUCUGUUUUCCGUUUCUUCUCCGAAUCCAUGGCGAAAAUGGGUACGCGAUCCUCUCCCGGAGUAAGCCCCGAUAAGGAUGAUGAAGUCAAGUCCCAAAACUUGCGGAUGAAUCCUUCAUCAGAAAUUUGCCAGUUUACCAACCCAGAAGUCCAUUGGGUCGGUGGUCUAGUGGCAAGGUAAAACCUUUUAAAACAACUAAAUAUGAAAUCUUAGGUUCCAGUCUCAAUAGAAGCAAGAAAUUCACUUUUCAAAAAAAAAAUCUAAACAGUAUACAUCUUUCUGCAUUGGUCGUAUAACAAAUAAAAAAUAAUAAUAACAGUAAUGAACAUAUAUAGUUCAGACUAUAGACACAUAACCGAGAAUUGAUUGUUUGUUGGUUACAUAUGAUGUAUUGACAGAUUGACAGAAUGGUUAGUCUUCUUUCAUUUUCAAAGCCCCUUUCUUGAUUCUUGAACUAAUAUAUACUAAACAGGGACUAUUUUGUCUUUUUGGACUUGGACAAUUUACUCAGAAAAAUAUUUGUCUGUAAUACUCACAAGAUUAAGAUUCAUAUGGGGCUUUGCUUAUACUUAACUUACGCAUCAUUCACAUUCAUGCAGAUUCACUUUAUCACAUUACUUUUGGUCUUGCUAACAUCUUCUGCUUUAAGUUCUACUACUUCAAGAAUUAGUCUUGUAUCAACCACUAUUUUUGAUGUGGUCCAAUAUGGGGCUAAAGGAGAUGGGAUAAUCGACGACUCACCGGCUUUUAUAGCAGCAUGGAAGGCAGCAUGCCAGUCGACACCAAAUACUACGAGUAUAUUAAAUAUACCAGUAGGAAGGACGUAUUUGUUGAAGCCAAUUGCUUUCAGUGGUCCAUGCAAGCCCUCCAAAAUUUUCGUCCAGGUGGCUGGAAACAUUGUUGGUUCGAACAACAAAACCGAUUGGAUGAGUAAUCAUGGUGAUUCUUGGCUCUUGUUUUCAAUGGUGAGUGGUCUUACAGUAAGUGGAAAUGGCCAGAUAGAUGGGCAAGGUCCUAUUUGGUGGGAAAAUGCCUGCAUUGGUACUCCUUCACCAGGUAGAACUUGUCAUGCACCAGUGGCAUUACAAUUUAAAAGAUGCAUCGGCUUGCGACUCAGUGGUUUAACUCAUGUAAACAGCCCGCGAGUCCAUAUCACAAUAACUACUUGCAACGAUGUCAUUGUAUCUAAUUUACAUAUAAUCGCCCCUGAAACAAGCCCGAAUACUGAUGGCAUUGACAUUUCAGGCUCCGUCAAUGUCAACAUACGUGACUCCAUUAUUGCAACAGGGGACGACUGUAUUGCUAUUGGUGGAGGUUCAUCUUAUAUAAAAAUCAGUGGUAUCAUGUGUGGGCCAGGCCAUGGAAUCAGCAUUGGAUCCUUGGGACAUGGUGGAACAGAUGUGGUGGAAAAUGUAGAUGUGCACAACUGUACCAUGAUAAAAACCCUAACUGGAGUAAGGAUUAAAACUUAUCAGGGAGGAACUGGAUAUGCAAACAAGAUCUCAUUUACAGGCAUCAAGUUUGAUGCAGUUAAUAACCCUAUCAUUAUCGACCAAUACUAUUGUCCCAGUCACAAAGGUUGCCUAACCUCUACAUCAGCUGUGAACUUGAGUGACAUAACAUACAGAGGAAUCUCCGGAACAUCAAAUACGGAUAACGUAAUAAAUCUAAGCUGCAGUAAAACUGUUGCAUGCACAAAUAUUGUGGUGGAUAGUGUGCAUAUCAAGUCAGCAAUUCCAGGAAGAAAGGUUUAUGGCAGCUGUAUUAAUGCUUGUGGAAGAGCUACCCAUGUUCAGCCUUAUUUAGAUUGUCUAAAACCUUCAACUGACCUUUGUAAUGGGCCUCUGAGCUAGUUCCUGAUUAUUUAUACCUAGGCCUAUAGUUGUUUCUUUAAAAAUCGGUCUUAUGUUUUAUAUUUAUGCUUAAUUUAAAGG